AAACAAAGGCGCGAGCAUGGCGUGGUGAAAAGUCGGGGUUUGAAGAGUCCAAAGCCGACCGCGCCGCCGUCUGACCGCGCCAUGUCCAACUCCGUCAGCAACCGCCUCCUGGCGCCCGAGGUCUACGAGGCCGCGCGGCGCAUGAAGGGCAACACGACCCAGGAGCCGAACCCCGGCGAGAUGGUGUCGGCCUACGCGCGGGCCCAGCACAUGUCGCCGCACAGCAUCGUCGGGGGCUCGACGAAGGCGCCCAAGGCGCUCGUCGACGAGUACGGCCGGAAGAUCAGCGAGAUCCCCGAGGAGACGCGGAUGAGCGAGACCCCCGCCGCGCCGCCGCCGCCGCCUCCGCCGCCGCCGCCGCCGCCGCCGCCGCAGCCGGCCGCGCCCGCGGAGCCCGCGCAGCCGAUUCUCUACUCCUACACGCCGGCGACGGCGACGGCGCCCCAGCAGCCCCAGCAGCAGCAGCCUCAGCAGUACGGCGCGCCGUACCAGCAACAGUCGGGAUACCCGCCGCAGCAGGGCUACGCGCCGCAGGGCUACGCGCCCCAGCCGCAGGGCUACGGCUACCCGCCGCAGCAGCCGCAGCAGGGCUACGGCUACCCGCCGCAGCAGCCGGGCUACCCGCCGCAGCAGCAGGGCUACGGCUACCCGCCGCCGCAGCAGGGCUACGGUUAUCCGCCGCAGCAGCCGGGCUACCCGCCGCAGCAGCAGGGCUACCCGCCGCAGCAGGGCUACCCGCAACAGCCGGGCUACCCGCCGCAGCAGCAGGGCUACCCGCCGCCGCAGGGCUACCCGCCGCAGCAGGGCUACGCGCCGCAGCAGGGCUACCCGCCGCAGCAAGGCUACGCGCCGCAGCAGGGCUACCCGCCGCAGGGCUAUCCCCCGCCGCAGCAGCAAGGCUAUCCGCCGCCGCAGCAGCACGGCCCUCCGCCGCAGCAGCGAGGCCGUUCGCCGCAGCCGGGCGAGCCGGGCUACGUCUAUCCGCAGCAGCGGGCGGACUACCGCCCCCCGAACCUCAACCCGCCGACCAACCCGGCCUACAAGUCGCAGCUCGAGCUCUACAAGCAGCAGCUCGAGGCCCACAACCGGGGCUCCCACAUACCGGAUACCGAGCGCCCCAUGGGUGUCCGGUGGCACCCCGAUGACGAGCUGAAGGAAGGACAGUAA